AGUUUAGAAAGCUUUCGAAAAGAGAAGCGUUUGAAACGCUUGUGGAUCGGACCGGAGAAUAGGAUGUACGAACGGAUUAUUUAACGCCGCAAAAAUGGCUACGCUUGCAAACAAAAACCAAUCACAACGAAACUUACAUUUAAAUUAAUAAAUCCUCCUAGUUUACGGUUCAAAAACGGUGCCUCCAUUGGCGAUAAAAAUUCGACGGGUCCGCGAGUGUCCCAAGUUAAUUUCGACUGUCUAUAUAUAGAUCCUCUGUAUAGGCAAGCACAAUUGCAAAUAGGUUAAAUUCUAACGCCUCGAAAUGGGGAAUCAGCCGGGCAAGCUCCACACACAUCAGAACCAGAGCGGGCGGCCCAAGAAGAAUGUAACCUGGAAGUCUGCAGAACGACCCUCUCCGCCGGGAAGACCCAUCCUUACACCGCUGGCACUGCCGGAGCAGCAGCCAGACGUGGUGAACCUUCGCUGGGAUCGCCCACUGCACGAUGGUGGCUCCCCCAUCACCGGAUACACCGUGGAGCACCGGCGCAUGGGCUCACCGCAUUGGGUGCGGGCCACGCCUACUCCAGUGGCAAGGUGCGAUGUAUGCAUCAGUGGAUUGGAGCCUGGAUGGCGCUACCAGUUCCGGUGCUUUGCGGAAAACAUCGUCGGGCGGUCCGAUGCCAGCGAGUUGUCCGAUCCUUUGACAGUAACGCUGCAGCGGAACGCCAUCACUGUGCCCCGCUUUAUCGAUGAGCUGGUGGACACGGAUGCCGUGGAGGAUGAGCGUAUCGAGUUCCGGGUGCGAAUCCUGGGCGAACCUCCGCCGGAGAUCAACUGGUUCAAGGACGGCUACGAGAUCUUCAGUAGUCGGCGCACCAAGAUCGUCAACGACAAUGAUAUCAGUGUCCUGGUCAUCCACCAGGUGGCCUUGACGGAUGAGGGCGAAAUCAAGUGCACCGCCACCAACCGGGCAGGUCAUGUCGUGACCAAGGCCCGGCUCAUGGUGCAGGCUCCACCAAAGAUUCGCCUUCCACGCACCUACGAGGACGGUCUGAUUGUGGAGGCGGAGGAGGUACUGCGACUUAAAGUAGGCGUGGCUGGACAACCACCGCCGGCCAUUACGUGGCUGCACGAGGGCGAGGUGAUCGCCCCAGGUGGACGCUUCGAGGUCACCAACACGGAGAAGAACUCGCUGCUCAAGAUCGACAAUGUCCAGCGGGAGGACCGCGGAGAGUACAUGGUGAAGGCCUGGAACCGGCUGGGCGAAGACACUACCUCGUUUCUGGUCACUGUCACGGCCAGGCCCAAUCCGCCGGGUGCUCCCAAGCUUAACAUGUCCUUCGGCAAGUCGGCUACAUUAUCCUGGACGGCACCACUGGACGAUGGUGGCUGCAAGAUCGGCAACUACAUUGUGGAGUACUUCAGAGUGGGCUGGAAUGUGUGGCUGAAGGCGGCCACCACUCGGGCCCUGACGACAACGCUCCACGAUCUGAUCGAGGGAUCCGAGUACAAGUUCCGGGUGAAGGCAGAGAAUCCUUACGGAUUAAGUGAACCCUCCGGGGAGUCGGAAUUGCUCUUCAUACCCGAUCCCAAGCGGGGCAUCACAAAGCCCAAAUCGGCCACCCGGAUUGCUGGCGACGAGAAGGACAAGAACAAGGGCAGCGCUUCAUCUGUGCAGGUUCCUCCACGCCGGAAGACCCUCUCGCCACCACGUCCGCAUGCCGAUGCAGCGACAGGAAUGUCCCCCAAGCAGUCGCCCAGUGCAAAGAGGAAGCCAAAGCCGCAGCUCAUCGACAACGAGCAGCUGCACCACGAGAUGUCCUACGGCACUUCGGAUCAGGCUCUGAGGAUGGAUGUGCGGAAGAGUCCUUCUCAGAGCAGCGCCGACUUGGCCGCCAAGCCGACGACCGCUGGCUCCAAUCCUAAGCUCAACCUCACCCUGGUCACCACUACUCUGGCCCCUGUGGGGAAAACGGCGGAGAUACCGCCUCCAAAGCCGCCAAAGUCACCUACCCUGUCGCCUCUCAAACUUUUCAACCCGAAGCCUGCAUUGGCUGCCAAGGAAAAAAGUCCGUUGCAGCCUCAGCCGCUGCCAACGCCUCCCAAGGAAAAGCUGGAGAAAUCCUCGCCCAACCGGAAGAGAAGUCUGAGUCCACCCAACAAGAGGCAAGCGUUUCCGCUUCGCAAAAGUCCCACGCCACCGGAGCCCAUCAAAUCCACACCAGCCCUGCUCAGGAGUGCUGAACCCGUACAGUUGGGAGUCAAUCAGAAUGUGAGGCGCUUCUCCGGUCAAGCCCUGAGCCCGGCUAGAAAUGUGCCCACCUUGGCCCUGGCGGUUGCUUCGGGGGUGACUGCGGUGAUUGGUGAAAAGCUGCCAACCAUAGAAAUAAGUGCGCCUCCAACGCCCCAAGAGGAGCUACCGCCGUUACCAUCCCCAGCACCUUCCACCCCAUCUCCAGUUCCGGCGGCAGCUUCUCCAUCUUCAAGGCGAUUCUCCAGGACGGCGGACAAACACGAUGAAGUGCAUACUAGCAAUGAGUUCAUGCUCGUAGUCUUCGACAAGAACAGCAAGGUCAAGGACAAGGACAAACAAGAUUCCUUUGAGCUGGACCUGGAGGACGCUAUUCAGCCGCCGCCCAUCUCGAUUUCUGCACCGGACCUGGCCUUCCUGGAGUUCACCAACUUGCACACCACCUUCCCGCUCCGUCGCUCCGUUAGCUCCACGGAGCUGCUCUACGAGCGUGCGAUGGCCCGGUUCUAUGAGGCCGUAGAACUGGAGCAGGCCUCCAAGUCGCGAAAGACAUCGCAAGAUAAGCUGGCCCACCAGCCUCCUCAAACGCCGGCCAAUCUGCGAAUGCGUCUGGGAUCCAUUUCGGAGGCUGAGCGGGUUUCCUUCGAGAGAAGGAGCGAGCUGCGUCGCCAGUCAGCGGAUAUGGUGUCCAUUGGACGCAAGUGGGAUUCCAGAGAGAAUGUCAACGAAUCCAAUCUGGCACGCAUUCACACCACAGGGCAGCUGGAAACGCGCCCCAGUCCCGAGCCUAGACAGCAGGUGGAGCAGGAGGACCUAGAGGUGGAGGAGGAACAUCUUACUGAGAGCACUGCCGACGACAGUGAGGAAAUGGACUACGAGGAGGAUGAGGAAUAUCAACCACCUAAGGAGCUCCAGCAACAGUCGAGCUGUGACCUUGGCUCGGACUACACGGAGAGCACAGCGUCCUCCGAGCAGGACUCCAUUGAGAAGUUUAAAAUGGAGCUGCUGGCACGAACUCGUUCGCCGAGUCCGCGGGACCUGGAAACUUAUCAUCCACGUAGUAUGGCAGCCGGAACUUUCACUCCCUACCGGGCGCCCACUCCGGAGCAGGCAGCCGUUGUCCUGACUCGUCCAGUUCCACUCCCAAACCCCGAUUUCGUGCCAAAGCCCAUCCUAAAACGACCCUCCAACGAGAAUGUGGAACAGCUACCAAGUCCUCUGCCCACUAGUGCGGUCAAGGAACCGAUUGUCGCCGUAACACCUCCAACUGCGCCUGCCAGUAAUCCCAGUACCCUCAAAAUGGACCUGGCGAAGGGCAUCAAGUCCUUCUUCAGCCGAGACAAGCGAUCGGCGACAGAGAAGAACACGGAGGCUAAUGCGGAGAUAUCCAAUCCUUUGGAGAAAACGAACGCAGCAGCAAUUGCGGCGGAUUUGGAAGCAAAGCGACGGGCCAAGGAGGAGGAGGAUCUGCGACGACAGGAGGAAGAGCGUCUUAUGCAGGAGGAGUCCCAUGCCGCCGUAGACCAUUACAGCGAUCUGGUGCGCGAGGUGGGGGGCUCCCACAGAUACCACACGCCACUCUACCUGGACAGAGAUGAACUGAAGCGGGCAGCGGCAAAGGCAGCUGCGGAAACCGAUGAGGAGGACCUGAUGACCUCCACCAAGGAGGAGAUCAAGAAGAGGCUCGGCAGCAACGACGACAUGCUUCUAGCUCCGCCAGUGGUCCGCGAACGCCGCCUUUCUAUCUCGGAACGAGAGCAGCUCGUCCAUGUCCGAGAUGCAUCCAGUAAUCUGGCACUUCACAAGGCCCCCGAAGCGGAGGAGCAACCCCGGCAGGACUCUCCUGUCCAGCAACCGGAUGAGCAGCCGGACGAGGAGCCAGAGUAUCCCACUGUGUUGAUUGUUCCACCCCCCAAGUCCAAGAACAAGAGCGAGUCGGAAACUGAGAGCGUCAUGAGCGAGAUGGUCGAAGCUCGUCCAGAUGCCAGGGGCAGGACUCGCUUGGUGAAGGUUAAAAGGGUGAUUAAGAGGCGGGUGCCUUCCAGCACUCGUUCGCGCGAUGCGUCACUCAGCAGAGCUCCAGUCCUGGAGGCAACACCCUCGACAGCUCUUGUACUGUCUGCCGCCGACCGGGAUCUUCUCGAGAAGGCAGCCGCCCUGGCCGUGCUCCAGUCGGAGGAGCAGGCCCACGAAAAGGUUCGUUCUGCUCUAAGCUACUGCACGGAUCUGGUCCUCUUCCUGGUGGCCUGCUAUGUCUACUUGUUCAAAGACACCCGCCUGGUGCUGCCCAUCCUGGGACUAAUCAUCUACCGACAGCUGGGCGAGGCCGUUAGGGGUUACAUACCCGGCUGGAUGCGACGCCGGAUGGUCGGGGAUGGCAGCUAGGAGAUCCUUCAGAUCCCAUCCCAUCCCCUGCUCACACUCACAUGCGUUUAUCGGUUAAGUUAGUUAUUAUUACAUACGACUUAUUUUAAGGUAAAGUUGAAGGUCCUCAUCCUCAUCCUCAGCCCCCAGCUCAUCCACUUACUCAAAUCUGUAUACGUAAAUCCCUGCGAAUCCUAUUGGGAUUCCCAUGUACUCAGUGCUUGCUUAAACCUUUCAAUAUUCGGAUAUUAUUCAUUCAUUUGGCCAGGACUGCAAUAUACUCCCGUAAUCCCCUAUCUCGUAAUCCCCAUCCCCAUCCCAAGUUUUGUUUUGCCUCGUGUAUGUAUGUGGAGCUAUGUACCUCCUGAUGUUAUGAAGUGUUCGUUGGAUUGUUUGGUGAUUCACUUUGAAAAUAAAGCUUAGCAUGUUACAAAUUCGUA